CGCCGCGCCGCUGUCAGUGAGCGGGGAACCGUCAGUCAGUGGAGUUGUUAGCUCGCCUCGGUCCGCUUAGUGCUGUCGUCCGUACAGUUGUGCGCGGUCUCUCUCUACGCGACGACGAACAAUGCGCGAUUUCGACGUUUCGACGACGACGCGGCCGGAGAACGGAAACGUCAUCGUCGUCGCGGUUCGCGUGAUUUCGAAACGCGUGUCUCGCCGUUGGCAAGAAUAGAGGCGCUUCCUGUGAAGGUGAUUUUUGUCGAAUAUAUACGGAGGAUACUCGUCGCGCGUCGACGGCCCGCUGGGAGGAAAUCCGCGACCCCAAUCAGGUGAUGCGGAGAUAAAGAAGAAUAGAAGACGUGUCGUAAACACAUACACGCAGAAAGGCCGGGAAAGAGUGGAUUGAUGGAACGAGAGAAACUUGGUUAAAAGAAUCAGGCGUGAUCGAAGAAAGAGAGACGCGACGAAGGACGUUCGCAGAGGAACAUAAAGAUCGGGAUCGAGAGAAGAUUACGCGCGCAUUGUGCGCGAAGAAGGCAAGAGAGAUAUACAUACAUACAUACAUCGUGAAGAGUGUGGACACACGUAUACAUACGCACCAAUGCUCAAGACCGUAUGAUGGCCGAGGUUUUGCCCGAGAAUGUCCCGAGGCCUGUGAGCGUCGUCGCCGUCGACAUUGCCGCCGCGGAUAACGUCAGGAGCGGCGAGAACAGAACACAGGAAACAACGCGGGACAAUGCUCGGUCUUUCACUUCGACGGAGGCGCAGACGGAGCUGGCGCUUCACGCUGGACCAGAAGCAGGCUGUCAGAACGAGGAGAUGUCCGAUGGUAUCCGAGAUGCCCGGCGUAGGCGAGAGCGACGGUUACGGAGACAGCAUCGUCGCGCCCUGAGAUCCUGUUCCAUGCCGACGACAUAUCCCGGAAGUGCGCCAGGCUGUCAGACAGUCUCGACCGCGCUGGGAGUGCCGUUGGUGCCACCCCCUAGAGGUUUCCUUCAUCCUCCACCCCCUCACUUGGGUCUCAGAGGCCUCAGCCUCGGUCUACCCUUCCCUGUACCUGCCAGCGUCUCUGCCUUUGGCAGAGAUACAGUGCCGAAACAGUGCUGCGGCUUGAGUUCCCCGCCUGUACGCUGGUCCAUAUUGGGUGUCGGUUUCGUAGGUCUGGUUUGUGCCGGUGCUGGCACUCUUCUAGGCGCACUCAAAGCCUCCGGUCGGGAUCACCUCGUGGGGAUAUUCAUGUCCGGUAUAGGAGUGCUCCUGGUGUUGGUGAGUGCGGUAGCGUGGCGAUUGACCAACCAAGACUACUGUGGCAGCUUGUUUGGCUUCACGGGUAUUUCCGGUAGGAUUCCCCCUGCGAGACCGAUACAUCCUUACGCCGCUAUGAUCUAUCCGGAAUUCCAGUUUAGAACCCCACCACCGAGUUAUCAGGCUAGUAUGCAAGAGUAUAGACUUCGGCUGUUGUUGCUCGACCGAUUGCAGCCUACAACGUCGCCGCCACCGACUUACAGAUCGAACGCAGGAAGUAUCGCGGCUCCUGGUACAACGACGAGGGAGAGUCGACCGCCGAGUUACUGCGCUGAAACGCACGUCACGCCGAAUGCCACUCUGGUACCCUCGAAGAAGGACGCGAAUCUCGUUAGAAUCGUUCAAACUGAAUCCGAGCCGGUUAUUCUUAGUGGUGAUCAAACACCACCCAUAACUGCCGUCGAGGUACUGGCGCAUCUUUAGAUCCGGCGAGGAAUUCACGUAUAUCACGUUUGGCCAUUCUUGCAAAGUCUAAAGCAAUUGUGAUCGUGCAUCUGAAAGAAGAUGUAAUCGUGUAAAUUAAUUAUGAUCAUAAAGAGAAAAAGAUGAAGAUACUUUAGACGCCAUAUAUGCCUUCACACCUCAACUGCCAGGUCGAAUGCAUCAUAUGUAGAUAUUUAUUCAUUAUGACACAAAUCUGUGUUCAAUUAGAUAUUCAAUGUAUGUACAUAUAUAUAGGCCUACAUGUAAAACGAAGAAAUUCAAACUAUAAUUUUUAAUUAUAAGGAUAAUUAUAUUUUA